CCCCUAACGUUCGGGUAUGCGCGAGAUUUCCUCGUGGUUUUCUACGUCAGUUGAGUGGCGUGUUCGGCAGUAUUCGGUGGUGUUUUCUCUCGUUCGUCUUCAUUUACCGUAAAUACGUUUUUCCGAUGUUUUGAGAUCGGCUGCGAUCAUUGUUGCUUUUUACGUUUCGAUUUUUCCCGUGUUUUAAAUUUUGCGAUUUUAAUUGAGUCGUAGUUUUAACUACAAUGUUAAAUAAUUUACCAUAACUUUGAAGCAAUUCAAUCAGCCAAAUGGAAGAGAGAUCCAAACAUUCAGUAGUGAAUAGAAACCCGCCAGGAUGCCAAGCAAAUCGAAGGAUAUCAAGAACGAGUCGGAGAAGUAGUUCAAUUGGCUGCCGAUCGUUAAUGAUCGGAAGGCGAUCGUCUGCUGGCUUAUUAGCCUGGACUAGUUGUCAGGAUCCAUCUAGGUUGGUGGUCGAAAUCAAUAGCCAAGUGGCUCAGUUUCGAGAACUACUGGUGCACAUCGGCACAGCUCGAGAUUCUCCGGAAACAAGGGAAAAGAUCCGAAAGUUGCGAAGAGGAUGCGUGGAUGCAUGCAAACACACAAGUCAAUUACUCAUACCUCAGAUGAGAGGGUCAAAUUUAGAAUCAUCGUUGCUGGAUCACCCCGAGUUGGCCCUGCUGUUCUACCUGUGUCAGAUGAUGUUGCGAGAACUCGGAAAAUGUAGUCGGCUUGUACAGCUUAUACCGAUGGAUAUGACUGGAUAUUUUGAAAACCGUGCCGGACCAUCAAACAUUGGCAACGUCAUUAGUCAAAUACUUUUGUGCAAGCAAAUCCAACCGGACUUCAACCAAGAAGAAAUCUGUAGCAUAGCCAAAGACAGCCAAGAUCUGGCCAAGCUCAUCCAAGACAUGCAAGAAUUCCUUCCACAACAAGACACAGCAGCUGAAAAAAAUGCAGCGUUAGAACCAGAAAACAGCAAAUGGAAACGAAAAGGAAGAAGAAAUUCAAUAUACACCAAUGUCAGCUCAUGUUGUUGUUUUUGUAGGCCAACUUACCUUUGAUGUUUUAUAUUCGUUGUAUUAGAGCACACAUAAAUAUUAUUUUUCCAAGCUCAAAAUAAAACACAGUCUCUACUACACGAGUCCAGUAUUGUAUCACGUACCCCAAUAAUAAUGACCAGCCUAUAUGUUUGCUAUUUAAUUAUUGAUUAUUUUUUUAAAUAUAUAUAUAGUAUAGUUUAAUGCUUGAUGUAUAACUGAUCGAUGACAAAUUUAAUUAAUUUACAUUUUGUUUAAAUUGUAUGUGAUUAUUUAUCAAUAUUCAUGUUAAGUCGACGAAUAAUAACCGUGUCCAAAAUAAAUAUUUAAAACACCAUCAUAUACGGUGACCAAUUAUAACGAGUUUCCUUUUGGGUUAUUUAUAUAUAAGCCAUAAAGGAAUGAUAAAAGACCAAAAAGUAGAAAGAACUUAAAAAUUUAAUCUCAAUAUUUUUUCCUUUUAUUAAAAUUAAAAACAAGAUAGUUAUAACUUAUAAGUCUGGAUAUGUUCGUGUAUAUUGUGUGUGUCUUUUUGCGAGAAAAAAAUGGAAAUUGAUUAAUUUUCAGAAUAGUUUUAGAUAGUUAAAACUACAAAACUUUCUUUGUUUUAACUUUAAUAUAAGUAUAAAAACAUUCUCAAAAAAUAAAAUCUAUAAUAAACAAUAUUGAUGCAGUGGGAUAUUUAUAACUCUCAAGUCCCAUGAGUCUAAGAUAAUUCUAGUUAUCAAAAAUUGAAUAUAAUAUAUAAUGUAUGUAUCUUUUUUAA